CCAGAAACGUGUAUAGCCUUAGCCCCCAUAUUUACGGAGGCCGCAAAACCAUAAUUAGUACUUGACCAAAUCUUAAACUACCAAAACAGAAUCAAGUCAAUUCCAUAAACUGUAUCCCCUGAUUCCCCAGAAAUCAAAAUUCCAAGAACUCCAUCAUGGACCCAAAUUCAUCUCCUUCCAAUUCCAAUUCCAACACCACCAUUCCGGUAGUGGCAACCCUCCCCGCUUUCGGGUCGGACUCUUUGACCCGGAAGCCCAUCAGCUUGUGGCCCGGAAUGUUCCACUCGCCGGUGACCCAGGCACUGUGGGAAGCGAGGUCUCACAUGUUCGAGAGGCUCUUGGACCCACCAGCAGACGCUCCUCCGCAGAGCGAAUUGCUGAACAAGACUCCGUCUCAGAGCAGGACUACAAUUCUCUACAAUUUCUCUGCUGAUUUUAUACUGAGGGAGCAGUACAGGGAUCCUUGGAAUGAGGUCCGAAUUGGGAAACUGCUUGAAGACCUUGAUGCUUUAGCUGGAACCAUUUCUGUCAAGGAGUCGUUUGGCGUUUUUUGGCAAAUGUUAAGGAUCUAAACGCCCACUAGCAAAGGAACCAUAUGUCAUCCAAAGUAGCCCCAAUUUACAUACUCAAGAUUUUCUCAUUCUGGCAUAUCCAAUGCGCCAUCUGUUGCUCCAAAUUGUGGUCCUCUUCAUGUGAUGUGGUUGGUUAAUGCUGUGACAGAUUCGACUUAAUAAAAGAAAUUUUGUUUUGUAGAAGGCUGUGACAAUUCUUAUUCUUUAGCCCUUUCAGCCAUCAUAUUUGUGGCUCGUCACUCUAGGACUGGGAAGCUGCUGCAGUUAAUCGGCCCUUACCAGUAGCUAAAAGAGAACGAUUGCUUUUCAAGGAAGCAGAAGCCAGAAAUUUGACGUUGAAGGUCUAGAAUACAAAGAAAAUUAUGCUACUACUGCAACAUUACUCCCUUUGCCUAGAGAAAAUGAAAUUGAGUGAUCUAUCCUAGUUGAAAUAUGUGUGGAAUCAAAACAACAUUCUGACAUCUCAAAGCUUAAAAGAGCUCCAAAUUGAGAGCUGUUCCAGAUUGA